AUGGAAAAUAAUGAAGCAAUUGAAAAUAACGAUACUUUAUUUUCUAAAAAUGGUAUUGUUAUUGAACUUAAUAAAUCAAUUAAAUAUGAUAAUAUUCUAAUUAAUGAACCUAUAAAUAAACAAAAUAUAUAUAGAAAUGAAUUAUUAAUUGAUAAUAAUUAUAACGUCAAUAUUAAAGGUAUUGAUAUAGAUGAUUCAAAUAAGUUAAUAUUGUUAAAUAGUGAUGAUAAUAAAUAUAUAUCAAGUAAAUCAGUGAAUGAUAAUGUACAAAUGAAUGUAUGUUCAAAACUAAAUGAAAUCAAUAGUAAUACAGCAACAUUACGUAAAUCAGAUAGAUUAAAAGCAAAACAAGAACAAAAGUAUAACUUACCCGAGACUGAUAUAUCACAAAAUGAAUAUAAAUCAAGUGACCAUAGAAAAAGGAAGAAAAUGAAAAAGAAAAAACAAAAGGAAAGUACACAAAAAACAUGUGACAAUGUUAAUAAUGUACAGGAACAACAAACUCGUUAUGAGUCAGCCUUAGCACAACAUAUUAUGGAAGAAAAGCAUAAUAUAGAUUGGUUGAAUAGCAAAGUCAUUUGGAAUGAUAAUAAUCCAGAUAAAUUAUUAAUUAAAGAAUCUCUUAUGAUAAAAGCAUUCCAACCAAAAUUCAACCGAACUACAAGAUCUACUCCUUUGUAUAUAUUUCCUGAAGGUUUAUCAAUGAGCUUAUUACCAAAAAGACUUCAAUUUUAA